ACCGCCAGUAAGAGUAGUAGAUAUCAUAGAAUCGUCGCCUUGUCCGGGAACGUCGCAGAUUGCACGACCACCUGACAUGUUUUUCAUUCUCUUCAUCGUAACCGUCUGUGCCAGUGUAGAAGCUAAGGCGCCAUGGUACCAGCGAUAUGAAGAGUUCUUUACGGAGGUUUUGCCUAACAAUGCCACCCUGAAUGCCCUAUGGCAGGAACAUGUGGCAUCGUACCAACGAAAGGAAAGAGAGAUCAGUUUCCCGAUCCCACACUUUGACUGUCACAUAAAUCAAGCGCACAGUGGAAAUACAGCCACUUCCGUUCAUGCCCUACAUCCGGGCGACAUCAAAGUGGUGGCGGCUAUGGGCGAUUCUUUAACUGCCGGUAAUGGUAUCCUAGCAACCAAUGUGAUCGGUGACCUACUGGAAUAUAGAGGUCAUUCGUGGAGUAUCGGCGGGGACGGCGUACUGGAAGAGGUCCUCACCUUUCCAAAUAUUCUAAGGAAGUUUGGUGGGUAUCUGUACGGUUACUCUGAGGGGAUAGCCAAGAGAAACCUGACAGGGGCUAAUCUGAACGUCGCUAAACCUGGAGAUGUCGCCGCGAAUAUGCCAGAACAAGCUCAUCUAUUGGUGGCCAGGAUGACGAACAAUCCAAAUGUACGCAUGAAUGAUGACUGGAAGGUGGUGACUCUAUUUAUCGGUGGAAACGACCUGUGUGACUACUGCUCAAAUUCGCACCAAUACAGUCCAGAUAACUAUGUAAAUUAUAUCCGGGAGUCACUUGACAUCCUGAAGGCUAAUCUUCCAAAGACAUUUGUCAACCUCGUCAGUAUAUUUGACAUAGCCCCGAUUGCGUCUAUGGAGAAAGGAUUCAUCUGUAGUGUAGUUCACACAUUUGUUUGUGAGUGUGGACAAAACACCGCCAAUGGCCCAAUGUUGAGGCAGGUUACGCAUGCGUACCAGAAGGGAGUUGAAGAUCUUGUCAACAGCGGUCGUUAUGAUACCCGUGAUGAUUUUACUGUUGUUGUCCAGCCUUUUUAUAAACACACAGAACCACCACAACUGGACUCGACGGGUAAGAUUGACAUGUCCUACUUCAGUCCCGAUUGUUUCCAUUUUAACCACAAAGGACACUUCGCCUCCGCCAUCUCCCUCUGGAAUAACAUGUUGGAAUCCCCCGCCGUGAAACAACAGGAAUGGUACCUCAACCAGCCCUUCCAUUGUCCCGCUAUUCAGACGUAUAAUCCAUCCGGGUUCUUCACUACUUAUAGAAACUGAUUUUAAGACUUUCGAUAAAAUAAAUAUCCAUCUAACUUACAAA